AUGGAAGAAGACACGAAAAUAUGGAAAUUCAUUCUUAAACGCGUCACUCGCGACAGACUCGACAACGCGGAAAACAUUGAUUGGCGGGAGAUGAAGAGGGUGACUGGGUUGCAGAGAAGCCACACUUCCCUCAGACAUCGGUCACAGCCGUUCAUCGAAUUCUCGUCGAAUAUUCCAUUUUCAGAUACCGAAACACGCUCAGCAAAUAUUUGCACCUGUUCAGAGAUCUCUCGAAGAGUAAAAAAGUCGAAUUGUACAAAGCUCUGCGAAUUCCCGUCAACUUCCACUUUUACAAAGAGUAAUCCGAAUUUAUUUUAUUUUAAUCUAGAAAGAACAUAGAAAUUUGGCUAAAAUGACCUAAAGAAUACGGGAAAAAACGUACCUUUAAGACUUCAAAAAACGGCGAACGUGGUGCUGGACGAUGAGAAGUGUCUCGUGCACUGCACGCCGAAAAGCGCAUUCACCGAGGAACAGCAAGGCGGCAGUAUGCUCAUGCGAGUGACCGCCGAACAAAGCGAAGCGAUGAAAGCGACAAUAAUACGUCACCUGUUGAAGCUGCCGAGAGAGGAAGCGCCGAGAGAGGAAGUGCCAGAACAGCCGGAGAAAGAGUCCGAGAAGGAGCCGGCACCGCAGGAAGAGCCGGAGGACACUGAGCCGAGGGACGCACAUCCCGGAAUGCGGAAGUUUUUCGAUAAACUCAGAGUGGAUAUCAAGGAACACAGCGAGCAAAUGGCUGCCAAUAUCAGAGCUUCACAGUGAGCGAAAGUUUCUGGAAAGGGAGCGUGGCUUCUGCAACCUGCGGUUUUUGCAUAUUUUGUGUCGAAAACGGACGCAUUUCGUUGGAAGCUCAAAAAGUUAUAUAGAUUUGAAGAAUUCAUGAUUUUCAAUUGAUCUACUUGUAUUGCGCUCUUUUUUCUUAGAAAAAAGGUCAGGCCGACCGAAGAGAGCUCUGAAAAUUCUGCUUUCUUAGUUUUUAAGUACAGAACUGGUUUCUUCUGGGGCCACGCUCCUUUCAAAAAGUACUCCUUUUGAAUACCUGGAGACCAUCUCAUUCAGACUUGGCUCUUCUGAUCAAGUCCAUAACUCCUCCACCGUCGACCGCAAGGCAUUUCAUGGCACAUCGGAGCCCCGACACCACGGAAGCGUCGGAAUGAAAAAGUGUGUGGCAGAGUUGAGAGAAGCGGCCGUUCGGCUCAACACGAGCAUUCUGGACCCUGUCUGCCAGCAGAUUGACGAAUUAAUUGAAAACCGACCAGAUCAGGUAAAAAGAAACUCGAUUUCGAUAUAUUUUCAUGUUUUUCUUUUUGCAGGAAGUGUCCGAGGAGAGGCUCUGCCUUGCAUUCAGCGCUGCACUGGACAUCGUCACUCCGAGCAUUCACAUUCCCAAAUAA